AUGGAGACAGCGCUAGCAAAAACGCCACAGAAAAGGCAAGUUCUCUUUCUUGCUAUAUUGAUGCUUUUGUGGGAGGCUGGCUCUGACUCAAUUAGGUAUUCCAUUCCAGAAGAAACAGAAAGUGGCUCCUUUGUGGCCAACCUGGCAAAGGACCUGGGGCUCAGGGUGGGGGAACUAGCUACUCGAGGCGCGCGAAUCCAUUACAAAGGAAACAAACAGCUCUUGGAACUGGAUGUAGAAACCGGGAAUUUGCUGCUAUAUGAAAAACUAGACCGGGAGGUGCUGUGCGGAGUGACAGAUCCCUGUAUACUGUACUUCCAGUUAUUACUGGAAAACCCGGUGCAGUUUUUUCAGGCUGAUCUGCAGCUCACAGAUAUAAAUGACCAUUCCCCAGAGUUCCUAGACAAGGAAAUGCUCCUCAAAAUCCCAGAAAGCGUUCAGCCUGGGACUGUAUUUCCUUUGAAAAUAGCUCAGGACUUUGACAUAGGUGGCAACACUGUUCAGAACUACACAAUCAGCCCCAACUCCCAUUUUCAUGUUGUCACUCAUAAUCGCGGAGAUGGCAGAAAAUACCCAGAGCUCAUGCUGGACAAAUCGCUGGACCGGGAGGAGCAGUCUGAACUCAGUUUAACCCUUACGGCGCUGGAUGGUGGGGAUCCACCUAGGUCCGGGACCACUGCAGUCCGUAUUGAAGUCGUGGACAUCAAUGAUAAUGCCCCUGCGUUUUUACAGUCGCUCUAUGAGGUACAGGUCCCGGAGAACAGCCCCCCAAACUCCUUAGUUGUCGUUGUCUCUGCCCAAGAUUUAGAUGCAGGAACAUAUGGGAAUGUACGCUACACUCUAUUCCAAGGCAAUCAAGUUAUUCAACCAUUUGUAGUAGACGAAAUAACAGGAGAAAUUCAUCUGAAAAAGGCAUUGGAUUUCGAGGCAACUCGAUACUAUAACGUGGAAAUUGCAGGCACAGACGGUGGGGGCCUUUCAGGAAAAUGCACUGUAGCUAUAGAAGUUGUGGAUGUGAAUGACAACGCCCCCGAACUGACCAUGUCAACGCUCUCAAGCACAACCCCAGAAAACUCCCCAGAGACUGUAGUUGCUGUUUUCAGUGUUUCUGAUCCAGACUCCGGGGACAACGGUAGGAUGGUUUGCUCCAUCCAGAACGAUCUUCCCUUUCUCUUGAAACCCACAUUCAAGAACUUUUACACCCUAGUUACAGAAAAGCCACUGGACAGAGAAAGCCAAGCUGAGUACAACAUCACCAUCACCGUCACCGACUUGGGGACCCCCAGGCUGAAAACGCAGCACAACAUAACCGUGACGGUCUCCGACGUCAACGACAACGCCCCCGCCUUCAGCCAAACCACCUACACCCUGCGCGUCCGCGAGAACAACAGCCCCGCCCUGCACAUCGGCAUGGUCGUCGCCUUGGCGUCCGUGUCGUCGCUCUUCCUGUUCUCGGUGCUGGUGUUCGUGGCGGUGCGGCUGUGCAGGCGGAGCCGGGCGGCGUCUGCGGGUCGCUGCUCGGGGCCUGAGGGCCACUUUCCGGGCCACCUGGUGGACGUCAGCGGCGCGGGGACGCUGUCCCAGAGCUACCAGUACGAGGGCAUUGGAAAGGAAAUGGAGGAAAACGCCACCUUCCGGAAUAGCUUUGGAUUCAAUUAG